AGUCCGGGAGAAGGCGUCUGCGGCGGAGAAAGACCCCGAUAGUCGUCAUUUCUCUGCCAGCCUCUUUAAACUACUCGGACCUCUCUGAGGCUUCUCAACCCUUUUCUUCGUAGGUUAGAGAGCAAAAGUAGGCAGCAUGGCUUCCUUUGGGUGGAAGAGGAAAAUUGGUGAGAAGGUCUCCAAGGCCACUUCACAGCAAUUUGAAGCUGAAGCUGCUGAUGAGAAAGAUGUAGUUGAGAAUGAUGAAGGAAACUGGCUUCAUGCCAUUAAACGUAGGAAAGAAAUUCUCCUUGAAGGCYGUACUGAGAAAAGUAAACAGCUGAAGGAUGAAGGAGCCAAUUUGGCUGAAAAUAAAAGAUAUCGGGAGGCAAUUCAGAAGUGGGAUGAAGCACUGCAGUUAACCCCAAAUGAUGCUACCCUCUAUGAGAUGAAAUCACAGGUUCUGAUGUCUCUUCAUGAAAUGUUCCCAGCAGUACAUGCUGCAGAAAUGGCUGUACAACGAAACCCACAUUCAUGGGAGUCUUGGCAAACUUUGGGGCGUGCUCAGCUUGGAUUAGGAGAGAUAGUCCUGGCAAUUCGAAGUUUUCAGGUAGCCCUUCAUAUCUAUCCAAUGAACCCUGAACUAUGGAAAGAAGACCUUUCUUGGGCAAGAACACUUCAGGAGCAGCAGAAGGUAGCACAGAGGAUUAAGAAAAGUGAAGCACCAUCUGAAGGAACACAUUUUUCACCAAAGUCAAUUCCUGACUAUGACUUUGAAAGCGAUGAGAUUGUUGCUGUUUGUGCAGCUAUUGCUGAAAAACAGAAGACAGUUUCAGCAAAUAAAACAAUGGUUAUUGUGUCAGCUUCUGGGACUGUUGAGACUGUAACUGAGAAGGAGGAUGGUGCUACCCCACCAGAUGGCUCUGUUUUUAUCAAAGCCCGAUGAAGCAAUAUGCAGAAAGGAGUUAUUUGAAUCUUUUUGAUUGCAACUUAAAGUUUAGACAUUAGGGACAUUUACUCUGGAGAAAGAAGGCAGAACUACUGUUUGUAUAAUAAGUUUUUCAGAUGAAUAUAAAAACUAAAUGGUAGAAUUAUAGUGUUUGGACUAUGCCUUGAUAAGUUACAAUUUAUGCUUCUUAAAAUUAGAAUUCUGAGUGAAAUAUGUUUUGAUUGAUAAACUUAGUUUGUUUUAAAUCUGAAUGAAUACAUUCUUAAGGACUCAACUUGAGAAGUAUAUUCUUGAAUAGUGACUAACUUGGUGGCCAUUGUUUUAAAAAUGUUGACUUAUUGACUUUUGCUUUAUGAUAAAGGCAGUGUGUGAUUUCUUUCCCUCUUAGAGAUAUGAUGCUUGUUACCCUUCACUCUUCCAUUUUUCCUGCUUCACUAAAGUAAGUCUUCACAAAGCUUGAAUAUUUUUGACAUUCAUUUUGAUUCAAAAUUACCAUUUGGUAAUAUGUGAAAUUUUUGAAAGUUUAUCUGAAAAUGUGUGCAAAUGUGUACAUUCUGAACAUUUUCUUGAUGCUUUUAAUUCAGAUGUGUACUUCUGUUUUGACUUUAAAGUACUAUCAGUGGCAUUUGUCUUCUUAGAUGUGUGAAAUACUGAUAAAUGUCAAAAUGAUGGUUUUAUUAUUUUCAUUGUUAUGGUUACAGAUGUGUCAUAACAAAUUGUGCUCCAAAAUUAUCACAAUCAAAACCCAAAUUUCUUUUCCUUGUUUUUAGAUGCUUAAAAAGCCCCGAGAAUAUUUGUUGGUUGCGACUUUCCAGCUGAUGAUUUAGAAUUACUUUUCCAAAUAUCUUUUGGAACUAUUCAGUGAAAUGAAAAACAAUUAAAAUUUAAAUAUAUACCAUAUCUUUCUAAAAAUAAAACAGUAGGGAUAUUGUUAAAAUGCCAGUGAAUGAACAAGUUAAACAAAAAAUACAUAGACACUGGAAUGUGAUUUAUGGUAUAAUCUCAUGAAUGUGAGGAUGUAUUAAAGAAGUUGUUUGUUGAAAGAACACAUUUGUAAAUCAGUACUAUCAUUGUUAAUAUGAUUAUUUUUAUACUAUAUAUUGCUGUACAACCCUAUAGGACUGUUGGGAACUAUUAUUGUGACACUCAGGAAGAUAUUAUUGGCAUAAAAUUAAUUUUAUCUUUUAGAGAUGAGAGUUAGCUACUUUUUGUGUAAUCUUACCUAACACUGUUGGAGCAUGUGAAUAAUGGUCUACAUUUUUGUGAGAAUUCCAUUUUUAAAAUUUUUGUUCUAGUAGAAGAAAGCCUAUUUUCUUUUUCAGAGUUAGAGAAAUCAACACUUGCCUUAAAAAGUAUUAUAGUUUUCCCCUAGGUUAUAUCAUCAAAAAGCCCUGGUUAAAGAGAUGAGUUUUAGAAUGAUAAAAAUAUUACUUAUUUUAUUUUGUUUAAUAAGGAAUAUUCUCAAAGGGAGGUGGGUACUAGAGAAGUGAUUUGUCAACAUUUGGUAUGUUGUUUUGUGCAAUGGAUAUUUGUUUAUUGUGAAAUAUGUGAAUAAAUAGUUUUUUUCCUGAAUUUUGAAGAUUUCCCCAUUUUAUGUUGUUAGCUUUUGAAAAAUUUGAUUGAUUUUACUUCUUAUGUGAAAGUAAUAUAUAGUAAGCAUCUUGCAUGUUUCCUCAUACAUGAAGUGCUCAGUAAAUGCUAGCUAUUUCUAUGAAAAAAUUGCAUUAGUUUGGAGAUACUUAACCUGUCUCCUCUGAUUUUAAGAAAGAACUCCAUGAUCUUUCCUUAUCUGAAAGUGAGAAGUCACUACUUUCAAUUUUUUAGGACAGGUGGUUAUUAAUUGGAGAUUGUUCUUAGCACAAAGUCUGUACCUCAACUUCAAAAGAGGUACAACCCAGCAUGGAGUACAUCAGGUCACUAGACUAUUAAAGAAUCUGUUCUCCUCUGUGUUGGCCUUGGCAGGCCAGAUUAUUCUCUUCUUUACCAAGUUUAGACAUAAAGUGGAGGAGAAAAAAACAAYAGUUAUGGAGGGAGGAAGGCUACUAAUUUCUUUAGGCCCCCAAAGAUGAUUAUUUUAGCUAAAACUUUUCCAUGCAUGGAGAGAAAAAUGGAUUCAUUAUUUUUAAGGAUGUGAAUACUGAUGCAUAAAAGUUUACCAGGCUUAUUGGUUAUAAUGAUGAAUUUUUAU